AAAUCCCCGCUUACUUAACACAAAGGAGUUGUGUUGGCUCAUUGAAGGAAAAAGGGUACUGCUGUGGCAAAACGCGACCCGGGUCCCUUAAUCCUGCCUCUUUUGAUCUCAAAAGGCAUUUUAACCUGCUAACGGCAAGAAGAAGCGUCCACCACAUAGUUUCAAAGGUCUUCCUACUUGCCACUGUCACCAGGGAAAGCAACAUGAUCGAAGCCAUAGGGAACCAGUACGUAGUGGCCAGACCGGUGUACUCCACAAACACUUUCGGAGAGGAGUUCAAGAAGACACAAAGACAUCACAAGACAUUCCUGGAUCAUCUCAAAAGGUGCUGUAGCUGCUCCUCACAGAAGGCCAAGAAAAUUGCCCUGUCCUUGUUCCCCAUAGCAUCUUGGUUGCCAGCGUACAAGAUAAAGGAAUGGCUUCUGAGUGACAUCGUUUCUGGCAUCAGCACAGGGCUGGUGGCCGUACUGCAAGGUUUAGCCUUUGCUCUGCUGGUCAACAUCCCCCCAUCCUAUGGGUUGUAUGCAGCCUUUUUCCCAGUCAUAACCUACUUUUUCCUGGGCACUUCUAGACACAUAUCUGUGGGUCCGUUUCCAGUUCUGAGUAUGAUGGUGGGAGUUGUAGUUACAAGAGUGGCCUCAAGUGACAGUACUGCUCUAGGACAGUCCUCAAGCUCACUAGAAAAUGACUCAAUGAUAGAGGAGAAGAAUAUAAUGGUGGCUGCAUCAGUAACCGUUCUUUCUGGAAUCAUUCAGUUGCUCCUGGGGGUUCUGCAGAUAGGGUUUGUGGUGAUAUACCUUUCUGAGUCCCUCAUCAGCGGCUUCACCACAGCUGCUGCCAUUCAUGUUUUGGUUUCUCAGCUGAAAUUCAUGCUACAGCUGACCGUCCCUGCACACAGCGACCCAUUCUCCAUUUUCAAAGUCCUGGAGUCCGUCUUCACGCAAAUUCAGAAGACUAACAUUGCAGACCUUGUGACAUCUGUGAUUAUUCUAGUGGUCGUGUUCGUUGUUAAGGAAAUCAAUCAGCGCUAUAGAAGCAAGCUUCCAGUGCCCAUCCCCAUCGAGCUCAUCAUGACUGUAAUUGCAACAGGCGUAUCUUAUGGCUGUAACUUUGAAGAGAGGUUUGGCGUGGCCGUAGUUGGGAACAUGAGUCUUGGAUUUCAGCCCCCUAUUACGCCUAGUGUGGAAGUUUUCCAAGACACCAUAGGAGACAGCUUUGGUAUUGCGAUCGUCGGCUUUGCAGUGGCCUUUUCAGUUGCUAGCGUCUAUUCCCUCAAAUAUGAUUAUCCGAUUGAUGGCAAUCAGGAGUUAAUCGCCUUGGGGGUGAGCAACAUAUUUACCGGAGCAUUCCAAGGAUUUGCAGGGAGCACAGCCCUCUCCAGAUCGGGGGUUCAAGAGAGCACAGGAGGCAAAACACAGGUUGCGGGGCUUCUCUCUGCUGUCAUUGUGCUGAUUGUGAUUGUUGCCAUCGGAUUUCUUCUGCAGCCGUUACAAAAGUCUGUCCUGGCAGCUUUGGCGCUUGGAAACCUAAAGGGAAUGCUGAUGCAGUUUGCUGAAAUAGGCAGACUGUGGAAAAAGGAUAAAUAUGACUGUUUAAUUUGGGUCAUGACCUUCAUCUUUGCCAUCGUCCUGGGACUCGGAUUAGGCCUAGCAGCAAGUGUGGCAUUUCAGCUCCUAACUAUUGUGUUCAGGACCCAAUUUCCAAAAUGCAGCACACUGGCUAAUGUCGGAAGGAGCAACAUCUACAAGGACAAAAAAAAUUAUGCUGAUGUGUAUGAGCCAGAAGGAGUGAAAAUUUUCAGAUGUCCAUCUCCAAUCUACUUUGCAAACAUUGGUUUCUUUAAGCAGAAACUUCUUGAUGCUGUUGGCUUUAAUCCACUUCGAAUUCUACGCAAGCGCAAUAAAGCUUUGAAGAAAAUCCGAAAACUGCAGAAGCAAGGCCUGCUACAAGUGACACCUAAAGGGUUCAUAUGCACCUCUGAUGGCCUUCAAGACUCUGAGGAAGAACUAGACAACAACCAAAUAGAAGAACUGGACCAGCCGAUCAACACCACAGACCUGCCCUUUGAGAUUGACUGGAAUGCCGAUCUUCCUCUCAACAUCUCCAUCCCCAAAAUCAGCCUCCACAGCCUCAUCCUCGAUUUUUCAGCAGUGUCCUUCCUUGAUGUCUCCUCAAUGAGGGGCCUCAGAUCGAUUUUGCAAGAAUUUAUUAGGAUCAAGGUAGAUGUAUAUAUCGUGGGAACCGAUGAUGAAUUCAUUGACAAACUUGCUAGGUGUGAAUUCUUUGAUGAAGAAGUCAAAGACUCAAUAUUUUUCCUAACAAUCCAUGAUGCUGUUUUGCAUAUUUUGAUGAAGAAGGACUACAGCACUUCAAAGUUUAAUUCCAGCCAGGAAAAAGAAAUGAAAUUUGACUUUACCAUAAAUACAAAUGGAGGAUUACGUAACCGAGAAUGUCAGGUACCAAUUGAAACGAAAUUCUAAUCAAGAUACAGUAUGGAAGGAUGCUCAUCUGUCAUAUCAAAACCAACUUUAUACCUAGAAAGUUAUUGCUAAGUUCAUACAUUGUAUGAAUGAUAUUUUUGAAAGAAUUAUGUUUCAAACUUUGGAACGAGAUUGUUCUAGCAUGGUAUAUUUUUCACAUAUCUAGUUAUGAAAUUAUGUACAUAUUCCUAAUUUUCUACCUUGUAGACUCAUCAAGGAUAGAAAAGUAUUUUGUUUAUAUGUAUUUUUGUAGCAUUGAGAGAUUCCUAUGCAAGUCGUUAUCUUCAUGCUCAAUGCCUUAUGGUGUAUUUACACCCCUGCUCUGACUCUAAUUUAUACAGGUCAUGCUGAUAUCUAUUUUAAACAAUUAAGCUGUACGGGU